ACGUCAUUCUACUUCCGGUGCGCGGCCAUUGUCGCCUGUAGCAGCGUGAACAGUUCGUCUAACGCGCCUAAAGUCUUACAUUUCCUUCAAAUUCUUUGCAUUUAAAGAAGAACUUACUGAAUUUAUUUCUAAAGAAUGGCGUACAGAGGACAAGGGCAGAAGGUCCAGAAGGUUAUGGUGCAACCCAUUAACCUUAUUUUCAGGUAUCUACAGAAUCGAUCCCGUAUCCAGGUGUGGCUUUAUGAGCAGAUCAACAUGCGGAUAGAAGGCUGCAUUAUUGGCUUUGACGAGUACAUGAACUUGGUUCUGGAUGAUGCAGAGGAAGUGCACAUGAAGACCAAAAACAGGAAGCCUUUAGGGCGGAUCAUGCUGAAAGGAGACAACAUCACGCUUCUACAGAGCGUCUCAAAUUAACCCCGUGUGGAUUUCAUGGAGCGAUGACAGAGUAUUGUCUGAUAACGUUUAUUCGAUAUUCUUGGUUUCGUUUGUUGGCUUUUUGGCUUGUUUCUAAGCAGUAAUUAUCACACGUCAUGUUUUUCUAACCAAACACCAUUAAAAAAAUGUUUUGUUUGUUUA